AUGGCGGCGAGGAAACUGGCCCAAGAGGUCGACAAGUGCUUCAAAAAGGUCUCCGAGGGUGUGGCUGAAUUCGAAGCUAUUUACGAAAAGAUCGAACAAUCGAGUAAUCCUGCCCAGAAGGACAAGCUAGAAGAUAACCUGAAACGCGAGAUCAAGAAGCUCCAGCGACUGAGGGAUCAAAUCAAAACAUGGGCCGCCAGCAACGACAUCAAGGACAAAGCUCCCUUGCUGGAGCAUCGCAAGCUGAUCGAGACGCAAAUGGAAAAGUUCAAGGCCGUGGAGAAGGCCAUGAAGACGAAAGCAUACUCCAAGGAAGGUCUAUCAGCUGCCGCCAAGCUCGAUCCCAAGGAGCAAGCAAAGGUUGAGGCCAGCGAAUUCUUAAGCGGCAUGGUCGACGAGCUGGAGCAGCAAAUCGAGACACUCGAGGCGGAGGGCGAGUCGAUACAGGCGACCAUGAAGAAGGGCAAAAACAACACCGCCAAGGCCGAACGCAUCGCCGAAGUUGAACGCAUCAUCGAACGGCAUAAAUGGCACCAGGGGAAGCUGGAACUUAUCAGGAGAUCCUUGGAGAACGGAGGGGUUGAGCCUGAGCAAGUGACCGACCUAGAAGAGAGCAUUCGAUAUUAUGUGUCGGAUGGCAUGAACGAAGACUUUAUGGAAGACGAGGAGAUGUAUGAGGAGCUCGACCUUGAGGACGAGGAAGGUACCUACGGCAUGGGUGCGGAAAACGAGAAGAAUUCUUCUCUGGAUGCGCAGUCUGUGCAAGAGGACCUUACGACCGACAAUGACUUGCCACCAAAGACAUUGACGAGAAAGACGCAGAAGGAGGUUGACCCAGUACGGAGGACAUCUUCUCAGACAAAGUCACCUUUACCUGCACUCGCGACACUCCAUGCUCCGUUACCGACUAUCAGCAAUAGCAAUUCCGGUACGCCGGCUAUGAAGCCAGCAUCAGUACCUACAAGGCCCGCCGGGGAAGGCCUCAAGUACGCUUCAGCUGCCGCUGCCGCCGCCGCGAGCGAUAAGAACAACGUUGGUAUCUCUCCACUCCCUCCGCCCCCUGGUGCCGCAUCAUCAAGCAUAUCCCCAUUGCCGCAAGCCCGAAGCAGCGCGACCAACUCUCCUGCUACAUCCUCUGCCCAGCCCGCUUCUCAACAACCAGAGUCAAAGCAGCCCACGCCAGCUCCUGCUCCUGCCGAGCCAGAACCUGUACCUGUCACCACGAAACAGUCCAAACGAUCAAAGGCUGCUGGAAAACAAGCAGCAGUCCCCGAGGCCACUCCAUAUUCAAAGGCUCCAAGGACAAAUGGUACAGCCAAUGGUGUCAAGCAGGCCGAGGAAGAGGAAGAAUGCAUCUACCACUUACCGGCAUCGUUACAAGAUCUUGUUGACACAUAUGAGACGUCGAGAAAGCGGCCAUACCCUCCAUCUGCGCCAUCAGCUCUGCGCAUGAUGACUGCCAGUCAGGCCAGCUGUCCCGAUAUUGUGGAUGCCGAUGUUCCACGAUCAUACCGGCCCGACCAACCGGUACCCCCAACAGGAUCAGGAUUUCCUCGCGAGCCACUCGCUAUCUUCGAUGACCCGCGGUUAUACUCCCGUAUGGACCCUGACACUCUGUUCUAUGUAUUCUACUAUAAGCAGGGUACUGCCCAACAGUACAUGGCAGCCAAGGCUCUGAAAGAUCAAAGUUGGCGAUUCCAUAAGCAGUAUCAGACUUGGUUUCAAAGACAUGAGGAGCCUAAGAACAUCACCGAAGACUUUGAGCAAGGCACAUAUCGAUUUUUCGACUAUGAGAGCACAUGGAUGAAUCGACGCAAGGCUGACUUCAAGUUUGUCUACAAGUUCCUUGAGGAUGAGGUCUAA